UUUGUCCAUUUUUACUGUUAAUGUUUGUAUACAUUGUGUUGUGUGCAAUUUCAAUGCCUGUGUACUGACAUAAAUAAUUCUUGUCCACGGAAAAUGGUAUGUGAAUACAGAACUUGAGAUGGAUCUGAUGAAGUCUGACUCCAAGGAUUUGGCCAUUACGAAUAAAAAUCCUCCGAAAUCCUUGAGAAAACAAGAUGUUCUUGAUGAAGACACCUAUAUUAAGUCAAUAGAGGAUAUUAUCGAGAGAGAUUUCUUUCCCGAGGUUACAAAGUUAAAAGCUCAGAACGAAUAUUUGGAAGCUGUGAAUGCUCAAGAUGUUGAAAAGUUAAGAGCAUUGUCUUCACAAUACAACAUCCUCCAUACUCCCGCUGGAACACCAGCUCCAACUCCUGCAAGUUUUCACAGACCACCUACUGGUAAAGGAUGGGAAGAUGGAGGCCAACAAACACCAAAUCCUAAUUGCGGGGAAGAAGUGAAAAGCAUGAAAAGAGAAAAACAAGAGGACAACUCAAAAGAACCUGAUAAGAACAUAUCUCUUGACAAGUUUCUCUUUAAAAACACCAGUGAAGACAAUGCUUCAUUUGAGACAAUAAUGGAAACCAGUUUGGAAAAAAAUAAAGAGAAGCAUGCUUGGUUAUAUGAAAAAGAGAAAGAACAUGCUUUGUUAGUGCAAAGGAGACUAGAGCUUCCAACAAAUGUCAAAGGUGAUCAAUUGCAGAUAAUGGAUCGACCAGCUAACUUGGAUAAUUGGGCAUACACAAACAAAAAUGCCCUCAUGUAUGUACCAGAAUGUACUACAUUAACAACUGAAGAAGAAAUAGCCCAAGCUAAGUUACAAGAGCGAGAAAUAAAGCACGCAAAUACCCGACUAACUCAAGAUUUUGUUAAAGAAAAGGAAACAAGCAACUCCAUGAAUAAAUUUUCAGAAAAUCAAGGGGUCAGACAGAGAGGAAAAUUUGGAGUAGAUGGGAAAGAAACUGGAAUGAACGAGACUCCUAAUGUUAAUGGAUUUCGAUUUGUUGCAACACCAUCACCAGCUCCUGGUGUUGAUGCCUCGCCAUUGAUGACAUGGGGAACAAUAGAGGGUACUCCUUUUCGAUUGGAUGCUGGCGAUGUGAAUGUCAAAUCGACCCCAGGACCCACAUUUCAGAUACCACAGCCAAAACAUCGAGAGGUUUUGGCCCACAAGCUGGCAGAGAAAGCAAGUAAGCGACAUCGAGAGGAAAGAAAGCAGGCUUUAGCUGCUUCAGCUUUUGGAAAGUCACCCAGAAGCAGAAGUACUAAUGAAAGACUCAGCAAAAUGUCACCAGCUGCCCAAAGAUUGGCAUCGGAGAGAUUGGGGAUAAGAAUAGCCACGGACAAAGCCUUGCGUUCGAGUUACUCUCCAUCGCCUCAACUAUUGACGACACAGGGAACGCCAGACGUAUCACGAACACAGUCACGUACGCCUCUUUAUAACGCUUCAAACACUCCUUCUUUGACUGACAACUUGUUAAAUUUACCAAAACGUUGAGGCAUAUCCAGAUGCAAAUUUUUAUUUCAACUUCGGACAAGCGCGACAUACUUAUGUGGAUGCAACAAGUUACUAUGACAUGGGACUAAGAACUGUACGUAGAAUAUCAUGGCAUUUUAAUAUCGAUAUAUCUUUACAUUCUUAUUGAUCAGAUAAGAGCGCUGGAUUUCGUAUGAAAGGCAUUAGAAACUUUUAAAAUUCAUAAGACGUUGUAGUCACACACACUCACGUCAAUGCUGUGAGUAAUUCUAUAUUACCAAAAGAAAACUCCAGUUAAUGAGCUAGCGGAGAGCUUGUUCCAUAAAUGCUUGUUGUAAAACGAUCUGGAGGAAGCAAUGGACGUCGAUAGGAAGAUGUGCUCUCGUUGAAAUGACGAAACGAGCUUCUCGUCCAACCAUAGACCAGAGAAUUCAGAAAGCCUUGUAAAGGCGUGAAAAUAGCCUACAACAUGACCAAGAAUUUGUCUUUUAGGUUUUUUCUUGUAAAUGAAUUCAACAGAGAUAAACUUUGGUGGACUUCGGAUGAAUUCUUAACUUUCUUUAUAAAUACCUCGAUUAAAAAUACGACAAACAUUUUCUUGAAAUCGUAGUAUUUCUCUUCAGUCGCCAACUUAACCAAUACAACAACCAGAGCUGAAAAGUAUAAAAGCAUUUGCAAUGUCUUCUAUUUGAAUCGUACAAUAUCUCAUUGUGAAACAUCUCUCUACGUAAGCGGUGUGUAAAUCAUAUACUACGCCAAUGUAUAUAAUUAAAUUUUGUACCCAUAGUAAAAUUCUAUGCUAUUCAGUCUAAA